AUGACGGAAGAAGCUACCAACCAAUCAUCACCACCUGAUCCAGACCCGAUCCAAACUCCGAAUCCGUUAAUCCACCCGAGGCGUGCACCAUUCGAACACGGCCUCCUCCCAAUCCAGAACCUCGUCUUCACCGACCCGAUCCAAACCUUAACUCCGAUCAAGCAGAAGCUAAAUGCUUCCGCGACGAACAACCGCGUCGGAUCCUCUGCAAUCGCCGAGACACUCGUGAUCUCCUCUGACCAUGCGCGCCUCGUCCUCGAAACUCUCGCCUGCGUGCUACAUUCCGAGACUGAUCCUCUCGUAAGGGCUAAGACUGAGGAGGAAGUCGAUUCGGUUGGAGCUGAUGUGAGGGAUCUGGUUUUGUUUCUGUACGUUCAGUCGUAUAAGAAGUUGAUGCCUAGGACGCAUAAGGACUCUGCCGCUGUGGCUGAUGUCUGGCCUUCGGCUUCUGCUUUCGAUGGUUACUUGUCUUUAUCGCCCAUUCAGCUUGUUCGUAGCAACAGCCGUCGGUUUAUGCCAUCACCAGCAGAUGAAGAAGCUCAUCAGUUGUCGUAUUUGCAAAAGCACUUAGCAAAUAUGAUUUCUCUCCUUGCAGAUCCUGUUGAGGGAGAAAAAGAUGAAUCUUCGGUCCUGUCUUUGGAGAGUUUUGAGCACAUUGGGUUUCUUCUUCAUUUUGGUGAUACUUCUUUGAGUCAAGCUACUCCUUUCUUUAACAACUCUAACCCUGAUAUUCCCGCUGUUCCCGUUCCUGCUUCCCUAGUCCAUGACUGGCUUCUGAAAAACAUAGCUUCCGCCUUGGAAAACAUUUCUGACAGAAUGUCAGGGAAAGAAAAUGGACCAUCUAACGCUUCUGGUCAAGAUGCUGCUAACGCAGAUGCUUGUGAUAAAGUUUCAACUGACGAUAGAGGUCGUUGUAUUAUCGAGGGAGUCUCCAAGACUUCACUUUUCAAGCAGGCAUCCGAUCUUAAGGGGAGAUCUGUGAAGGUGGCAAAUUGCCAUGAUUCUGUCAUUUAUCUUUUGGCGCCAUUAAGAUAUGCAACUGUGUAUGGUUGUUCGGAUUCUACUAUCGUUCUGGGAGCUGCUGGCAAGGCAGUAAGAGUUGAGCAUUGUGAGAGAGUUCAUGUGAUUGCAGCUACGAAGCGAAUCUGCAUCGCCAAUUGCCGAGAAUGUGUAUUCUAUUUGGGAGUCAACCAGCGACCUAUUAUUGUCGGUGACAACCACAAACUACAGGUGGCUCCGUAUAAUACGUUUUACUCACACUUGGAGGAACACAUGACCGAGGUAGGUAUUGCGCCAACUAUCAACAGAUGGAAUGAAUCCUUGGCACUUGGAGCAGUUGAUCCGCAUGACUCACUGUCACAUCCUACUGGUGCCUCUGAUAAACAAACUGAAUCGGUUUCUUGUGUGGACCCUAACCAGUUCACUAACUUUUUGAUCCCAAACUGGUUUGCUGGCGAGGUGCUUGGUUCUACGAAAGAGAAUCCAUUUCCAUUACCAGCUGCGUAUUUGGCAGUACAACAGACAGGCCUUAAGAAGUUGGAAGAAACAAGACAAUCCUUAAGAGAAACACCUCUUGAAGCAAACCGUAAACGAGAACUUACUACUGCCUUCCACAUGCAGUUCAAAGACUGGCUUUACGCAUCGGGAAACAUCCGGCAACUUUACUGCUUGCAAGGUGAUUAACGAUCAAUGGUGGUGAUGGAAGAUGUCUCAGGUCACUAUAGAGUUCUUUUGAUCAUUUCCUCUUCAAAGAUUGCUAGCUCGUAUGGCAUCAGAAGUUAACUGCACAGCAAGUUCUCUAACUCCUAAAGAUCUCCCUUCUCUUUUUGUUUCUUUGAUCAUAUUCGUUUGUCUUUUACUUCUUGGAAAACAUAAUGCAAUCGUGUCUAUUUAUAUGUUAUUUUCAUUCAACUGUUAUACACAGAUAACAAGUUUGAGUACCUCCUUGAAUUUCAAAUAUAUUU